AUGGCACAAGGAGCAGUGAAGAAUCCGCACAAAAUCUCCACCUCCAAGAAAACCAAAUCCUUUGGCCCUAAGACUGGCAACCGCGUUAUCAAGCCCAAGAAAGCGAAACUCAUCUCACAACGAAACAUCAUGAAGAAGGGUUCAGCGGGGCUCUCGUCGAUGACAGAGAAGAACCUGGCAGAGAAGGCGGGGCAUUUGGAGCUUUUGAAGGGUGGAAAGAGGGAG